AUGGCUAUCUUCAUCGUUUGGGCCCUACUCUCCUUGAGCUCUUUGUUCGCUUUCUGCACCUCUCAAGCAACCCCAUCGAAUGAUAGUUACGACAUGUUUUGGGGAACUUCAAGUUACUAUGCUCAUGGGCUCGAUGAAGCCACUCAGGCUGCAUGGCUUGACGGCCUGCAGCGAGAUGGAGCACGGAUCAUUAGAAUCUGGAUCAACGGCAUCUCACCAGGAACUUAUAAAGGCACGAACGUCACAGUAACUAUUCCCGAUCUCGAAGAAACUGUUGGUGUAUUCAACGACACCGUUCUUGAUGCUAUUGACAGUCUCCUCGUGGAAGGACACCGCCGUGGUAUCAAAUUUAUCAUUUCGAUCCAUGAUGGCAACGCAUUCGGGCAGAACUCUUGCGAUGCCUACUGUACCGAAUUCGGGGGGGUUGGCCCGGCUUCUGGAACACCAAUUACUCUGGGGAACUCGUUCUACACAAAUCCCGCGGCGGUGGCCGCUUUUGACAACAGAAUUGCCCACAUAAUGAACUACCGGUCGCCAAACUUUGGACAACCCUGGGCGCAGCUAACCGAAGCAAUAGCUGCAUUCGACAUUGAAAAUGAACCCAUGAUCCAGGCUAUCACCCAGCUUGAUAUUGUUGGCCCAACCUGGUUUUGUGACCGUGCAAAGCAGUUCAAAAAAUAUAUCGGCACCGCUCCUAUAGCCGUGUCGACUGGGGGUACUGGUGGUAGCGGGAACAUCUACCAGAACUGGAACUGGAGACCGUGGCUGUUUACCUGUCCAGAAAUUGAUUGGAUCGCCUUACAUGGUUACGAUGGCGAUUGGACCGAGUGGGUGCCGAAUGCUACCGCUCUCGCUGCUCAAAACAACAAGAAGCUGUUUGUAGAAGAAUGGGGAGUGGUUGCCUCUGCGCGGGCGAACAACCUCGCCUGGAAUUUCGAGAAAUUUGUGGAACUGGGUCUCAGCUGGGUGUAUUGGGAGCUCGUUCCAGGACCGAUCAAAAGCUGCUACUGUGGUUCGGAUCGCAGCAACGCUGUGUUUGAGGUGCAGCUUGAUGGCCCAGACUACGCGGGUUUUCAAAGUAUUGCAAAUCGCACAUUGACGGCGAAGUCUGCAUAUGACUUCUCAGCCUAUCUGGCUUUGUGA